AUGCAACCAAACGCACACCAGGUCCACGACGACCUGGCCUCACUCUUCUCUCGCUCCCUCACACUCAACCCAGAGCUUCGUGCCUCUACGCCCAAGGAGGCCCCGAGACAGGAGCCGUCUCUCUCUCCAUCCGCCCCCCCGCAGCCCAUCGUCUACUCCAUCUCGCAGCACUAUCACCACUCGGCCCACGUUGUCAAACCUUCGGCACCCCAAGCAGAGGCUCCUGCCCCCCAACGCCCCUCGUCCGAGCCUCCCCAGAGCGACAUGUCUCUGUCAGAGACCAUCUUGCGCCACUACGGCAUAGAUGCUGCCACCUUGACGCCUUCGCAGCUCCAGCUCUUCCGAAUCGCCGAUGAGCCCCAGAAACUCAGGCUCAUCGAGCUCUGGAGCAUCUGCCCCCCCAACAGGGGAGAGGAGAUUCCGGCCUUGGCAUGGAGCAGCGUCACCCUGGAGCAAGAGGAGCAGCUUGCCCGCAUGCGCUUCGAGAGACAGCAGCAGAACCAGGUCAUGAGCCUCGACGGCACCCAAGUCCAAGCGGCAGACGGCAGAUGGUCCCACCCCGACAGCGAGCCCUAUGUUGUGUCUGGCUACGAGGAGCUCAUGAGGAGAGAAAACGAACGCAACGCGGCAGGAAACAGAUCCACUGACAUCUACAGCCAUUUCGGCACCUCUGUUGGAGGCCCCAGCUACACCCCUGCGACGGACCCCGUGUACCUCGGCCUGGACGUUACGCGACAACAGCAGCAGAUGGAAAUGGCCACGCAAUACGGUGCGUUUGAGCACUUGCGCAGCGCCGCCGAGGCCGACGCGAUGGAUGUUAUGUAA